GCUGUAUUUUAAUAUCUUCCACUAUCAAAACCCCCCGGUUCUCUGUUUAAUACCCGAAGUGUUAAGGGUGAAUGUGGACGCUGAUGAGCUCUUCAUGUCGCAAUGGAUAGCGAUCUGAGCCCACAGGACAGAAAAGAUUUGGAUAAAUUCAUAAAGUUUUUUGCCUUAAAGACAGUACAAGUCAUAGUCCAGGCACGGCUGGGUGAGAAGAUCUGCACUCGUUCAUCUUCCUCCCCCACUGGCUCCGACUGGUUUACCUUGGCGAUUAAAGACAUUCCAGAGGUAACACAUGAAGCUAAGAAAGCGCUGGCGGGGCAGCUGCCCAGUAUUGGCCGCUCUAUGUGUGUGGAAAUCUCCCUAAAAACCUCAGAGGGGGAUUCAAUGGAGCUGGAAACAUGGUGCCUGGAGAUGACUGAGAAAUGUGAGAAGGACAUCAAAGUGUCUUACACGGUUUAUACGCGGCUGUCUCUGCUGCUCAAAUCCUUACUGGCCAUUGCAAGAGUCACACCAGCCUACAAACUCUCCCGCAAACAAGGCCAUGAUUAUGUCAUCCUGUACCGGAUAUAUUUUGGGGAUGUGCAGCUAACAGGACUUGGAGAAGGCUUCCAGACAGUACGUGUGGGAAUUGUAGGUACUCCCAUAGGAACGCUCACACUCUCCUGUGCAUACCGCACCAAUCUGGCUCUGAUGUCCUCCAGGCAGUUUGAGAGGACUGGCCCCAUCAUGGCCAUUAUCAUUGACCACUUUGUGGAGCGUCCACUCAGCAACACAGCCGUCAUGCACCCCUGUAACUACAGAACUCCAGGUGAGGAAGAGGGAGGAGCUUAUAAUGGAGUGGAGGACUCUCAGGAAGUCUGCACCACCUCCUUUUCCACUUCUCCACCUUCCCAGAGUGUGUGCAGUGUUAGUCAGGCAUAUGGUAAGACUCCUAAGCCUGCUCUGAUGGCCACUCUGAAAGUCCCCAUGAUGGGGCUGGGCUUCUCACAGCACCUUUGUACUUCUCGUCUGUCAUAUCAGACUCCCGCAUUGGGUGCAGUAGAUGUGUGUCACCCUGCAGCUGCACAUCCCCACCAGAUAUGUGUGCCUGGGAAAGAGGGCGGAAUCCCCCAUGUGCUGCUUCAGCCCAGUCACGCGACUCAGGCAGACCAGGGGCGGGUCCCUUCCUGCCCGUCUGCAGACGUACCCCAUCAGGCACAACCCUCCAGCUGCAGCAGUGGUGAUGCAGAUGUGCUGUCAAGGAGCAGUGAAGCGAAGAGCGCCUCUCCUUCAGAUGCUCUUGAGCCGACCUUCACCAGGAAAGUGGGGGCCUUUGUCAACAAACCUACCACACAGGUGACUACAGCCUGCCUGGAUCUGCCUUUUGCCUCCUUCGCCCCCAGAGUAUAUGACAUGGAGGCGACCGACCCCAUGGUGCACCCCCCAGCCUCGCCCAUCCCCUCCUCCCCAAUGCAAGGCAGUCUACAUUCUCAGAGCUCAAGCCAGAGUGGGGGCCAAGCACAAGAUGAUUUCGUCAUGGUUGACUUCAAGCCAGCAUUCUCGAAGGAUGAUCUGUUGCCGAUGGACCUGGGCACAUUCUACAGGGAAUUCCAGAACCCUCCACAGCUCACCAGCCUGUCCAUCGAUGUCAGUGCACAGUCUAUGGCUGAAGACCUGGAUUCUCUGCCAGAGAAACUGGCCAUCUAUGAGAAGAACAUUGACGAGUUUGAUGCUUUUGUGGACACCCUGCAGUAAAUCACACUGCCCUCCAGAAACACUGGAUUCUUCCCUUCCUUAGCUCGCCUGCCAAAACACCCCCUUUCUCCUACUUGGAAGCCACACUGAAUUUUUUUAAGUUCUUUGCAUACUUUUUCAUAUACAUGUAUUCUUGAGGACAGUUUAUCAUAGACAUCCUAUGAGCUCUCAACCAAUGUUUCAUCUGAUUAUAGUUUUUGUUUCCAUAGUUGACAGUAGUUGUGUUACAGUACCAGCAGCAAUCAAGUGGGAAGGUCACCACUAUGUUCUUGUAAAAAUCAUGCAGUAAUAACUUGAUUUUAGUUUAUUUAAACAAUGUUUGAUUAAGAUGCACAGAUCAGGAAAAUAAUUAUGGAAAGCAUUAUUUUAGCAUGUUAAAUGGAAGAUGUUUGACAGGAGAGUUGUUUGUACAGUCUCUGUGGCAGCAUCCAUGGCAGUCCCUCAUCAUUCUGAUGAAUGUGUAUAUUCCACACUUUGGUUUUAUUUUGUCUACUAAUUUGACUGGCUCCCAGAGCUCUAUCCCAGGCAUACAUGCUUGGUUCAGGAUGAGAGAGGCUUCUACUUCACAACAUGUGUACCUUCACAAAGAUGAAAAGACUGGCACAGUGGGAAAAGAAAAACUGAAAAAUAGUUGACUCUAUUCCUGAAAGAAGUCUAUUCCUGUAAAUUAAGAAUUUGUGCUGAUUUUGUAAAUGCAUGAAAUGUUAAUUUAAUCACUUAUAUAUAGUGGAAGUUUCAAGAUAUAUUAACACAAAAUCAGGUGUACACAAAAUCAUUUGCAGAGCAUUACUGGCAUAUAUGUAAUAUAGCACAUCUGUUUGGAAGUAUGCCGCAGUCAAUCACUGCAGUUGUAACUGCUCAUGAAUGGCAACAGCAGAACAACUGACUACAAAGCAGAAAGUCCAUUUACUUGUCUUGCAGGUAAUCGUGAAUGAAUGCAGAGUUCAUAUCGGGCAUGCACUUCUUAACCUAUCAAACUGAGCCGUUGUUCUUCUUAACACGGUUUCAAGACACUCGCCCGCACUGCAUGACUAGUGACUAGAAUAGAAGCGCACGGACCAACACAAACAGCGCAUAUAUCACCAAAGAAGUCCAUGCAUCUACCCUAGAUUGCUGUUAUGCCUUUACUGGCCACAUUCAUUACAGUUGAAUGUUAAUAUCAAGAAAUUGUAUUUUAGAAGCAGGGGACAGUAAUAUCUGUUGUGACCAGAAUGUUCCAUACUUACUAGUGAACUGGGACAGUAGUCCGGGUGAGACUGCACUCUGCCGUUUGCUGGCCUUUUAGCAGUUGGAAAUCCCUCUUCAGUGCUUCGAGCUGCACCCUCUCUCUCUUUAUCUUACGCUGUGUUAAUAUGGCAUGUACAUGUUGUGCAAUAAAUUGACCUAUUUCAAGUGUU